AUGUGCGAAAAGAAGAUAGGCUAUAUUUCCUCGAAACCGAGUAACAAAAUAUGGUGGAUAACAUUCGCUAUACUAUGUGGUGCUACGUUUGUCACUCGAUAUUAUAAAGUACUAGAUCCAGACCAUGUUUGCUGGGAUGAAACACAUUUUGGUAAAAUGGGCAGUUGGUAUAUCAAUAGAACAUUUUUCUUUGAUGUUCAUCCUCCACUUGGCAAGAUGCUCAUAGGGCUAUCAGGGAAACUGACAGGCUAUGAUGGCAAAUUCCCUUUUGAGAAGCCUGGAGAUAAAUAUGAAGGAGCUCGAUACGAAGGCAUGCGACUUUUCUGUACCACAUUGGGAGCACUUAUCGUACCAUUAACAUUUCUUACGGUAUGGGAGAUGACUAAGUCAUUGGAAUCAACAGUCAUUGGAACUAUGCUUCUCCUUUGUGAUGUCGGAUUCUUAACAUUAAACAGAUACAUUCUUCUAGAUCCAAUACUGCUGUUUUUCAUGAGCUGUUCUAUAUAUGGAGCUUUUAAGGUUCGAACAUUAACAGACGAAGGUUUGCCACCAUUCUCCACUCGUAUGCUGUCCUGGCAACUAUACUUAGGGGCUUCCCUGGCGUGUACUGUGUCAGUUAAAUUUGUUGGUCUGUUUGUGGUGCUGUUCGCUGGAUUACGGACUAUAGCUGAUCUUUGGAAUGUGUUGGGAGAUUUGACGAAACCUGUUAGCUUAACAGUAAAGCAUCUGAUUGGUAGAACGUUUACUCUAAUACUGUGGCCGACUGUACUUUAUGUACUUUUCUUCUGGAUUCAUCUCGCUGUACUUACUAAGAGCGGCAAUGGUGACGGUUUUUUCUCAUCGGGAUUUCAAGCACGAUUAGAAGGGAAUAGUCUGUUUAACGCGAGCGCACCUAAGAACCUCGCAUACGGCGCUCUCAUCUCGCUUAAGAACCAUCGCACAGGCGGUGGGUAUUUGCAUUCACACCAACACCUGUACCCGUCGGGAGUUGGAGCGAGACAGCAACAGAUAACCACAUACACCCACAAAGACGAGAACAACCGUUGGCAAAUAAAACCUUAUGAUAAAGAACAAGUGGAGGGGGUUGUGUUCGUGCGCAGUGGGGAUCUGGUGCGUCUCACGCAUGCGCAGACCGGACGUAACCUACACUCGCACCGCGAGAGGGCGCCUAUCACUACUAAGCAUAUGCAAGUCACCGGUUAUGGCGAGGACGGUGUUGGCGAUGCGAAUGAUGUGUGGAAAAUUAUUAUUUCUGGUGGCAAAGAUGGCGACGAAAUCCAAACUGUGAAGAGCAAGCUUAUGUUUGUACAUUACCUGCAGGCAUGUGUUUUAACGACCACCGGAAAACAAUUACCGAAAUGGGGUUACGAACAACAAGAGGUAUCUUGUAAUCCGAAUUUGAGAGACAAAAAUGCUCUUUGGAACGUUGAGGACAAUAUCUUUGAUGACUUGCCAAAAGUCAGCUUCGAGUCGUACGCUUCUGGUUUUAUAGAGCGAUUCUUCGAGUCCCAUGCGGUGAUGUUCCAGGGUAAUGCCGGACUUAAACCUAAAGAGGGAGAGAUUACAUCACAACCUUGGCAAUGGCCAAUUAACUACAGGGGUCAAUUCUUCUCAGGCCAAAGUAAACGUAUCUACCUCCUAGGUAACCCUAUUGUGUGGUGGGGAAACCUGGUAUUCCUAGUGGUUUUCUUCAUCAUAUUUAUCAUUAAUUCCAUCAGAGAUAAGAGAGCGGAGGCCUUCGGUAAACCUUUACAAGGUGGUAUGACCAGGGAUCUUCUGAACGCGGCAGGUUGGACAUUUAUCGGAUGGGCCCUUCACUACGUGCCAUUCUGGACUAUGGGCCGUGUGUUGUACUUCCAUCAUUACUUCCCAGCUCUUGUGUUCAGCUCUAUGCUUACAGGAAUCCUCACGGAAUACCUGCUGCUGAGCAUCCGGAGCUACCUAAGUCCAGAGCUUGGCAAAACGGUGUAUCACUCCAUCUUGGGCCUGAUUAUAUCGACGACUAUCUACAGUUUCUACCUAUUCUCACCCUUGGCAUACGGCAUGAGUGGUCCAUUGGGACAUGAAGCUAAUUCUACUAUGUACGGCUUGAAGUGGAUGGAGAGUUGGGAGUUUUAG